AUGUUCAGUGGAACUAAAAGAACUACAAGGAAGAUGGUGGGGAGGAAUGGUCUCAUGAUGUAUAAAAGCACCACAACCAGCCAUGUCUACAAAAAGCUACAAAGCCCAUUUUAUUCCAUUUUUCUUAACAAGUGCUUAAAGGAGAAUCAACUAGAAGCCCAGAAUUUCUAUUGUUACUUACUGUUAGGACCCUCUUGCUCCUGCCACCCAAUGACCUCCCUUGAUAAUGGAAGAACCUCUUACCGACUCUGGACACUGAUCUAUUCGAGCAACGAGCCAAAGCAAACUCUCCUCUGUGUGUAG